UUGUCUGCAGGUAUUUCUGAACUGACUGAGAAAUGACUGUUUGCCUGUGGAGACAUUAGCUGUGACAGGACGUCCAACUCACAGCUUCCUCAUUGCACAAAUACACAGACACCAUCAUGUCUUCCAAGAUGGUCAUCACGCAGCCUCAGCCUGUGAUGGAGGCCCGAGAAUCUGAUGAGUGGGGAUCUGGGAUAUGUGACUGCUGUCAAGACGUACCUGAGUGUUGCUUCGCUUUCUGGUGCUGUCCCUGCUUUGCCUGUAUAACUACCAAGAAGUACGGCCAGUGUCUGUGUCUCCCCCUGCUGGAAAUCUUCGGCGGCAUCCCUGCCAUCACCAUGUCCAUGAGGGUCUCCAUGCGGCAGCGCUACGGCAUCAAAGGCACCAUGUGUAGGGAUUGUCUGUUGGCCACGUUCUGUAACUCCUGCUCCUGGUGUCAGAUGUCCAGAGAGAUGAGGAGAAGAAACAUCCAAAUCGUUCUCGUCAGCGCCAAGAACACAUGACCUCUCUCCUCGCUCUUCGUCACUACAUUACUACUUCAACAUAACCUGCUUUGGCUUUUACUAACAUGUAAUAAAAACAAAAUGUUACUGACUGACAAUCUGCCUGUAAUACUAGUUUAUUGAGGUUAGUCUUUCCCUUUUAUUUUCCCCCCUGAGACUAAAACUCUUAUUUUCAGUUUCAAAGUGUCUUCUGACUUAUAGGUAAUGGAUGAACAUUUAUUAACUGAUUUCUGGCCUGAGGUUCAGUAUAAAAGUCUCAACUUGUUUUACACAAUAGAUAUAUAAGCUUGUAUUGCAUUUUUGUAAUUAUUAGUAAUAUCUGGGAAUGUUACAGUUUAUCAAAUGCAUACUUAAUUAAAUCCUUACACAGAAAUACAGAGGGACAAGAGGACAGGAUUUUUUUUAUAUUGACUUUUUAAAUGUUUUUCUAUUUUUAGUUCAUGUCUGCUAAUGUCACUUUUAAUAUGAUUUAUAUUCAUAAUCGAUUUAUUGACAAUAAAAUGAAUU